CGCUAAAACAGGUUACGACAACAGUUUAUAUCACGUUUUGACAUUUUAAUUGUAUUAUCGGCGACUGCGGUCGAUAGACCCCAUAUACUAACUCUAAAAACGUUGCUAUUUGACUACGUUAAAAAGACAACGUUUCGUGCAGUGUAAAAUUCGUUUCAUACAGUGUAACGUUCAGUAAUCAUAUUUAGUGAAAUAACCGGGUAGCUACGAUGUCUGAUUUUAAAGUCUUUAUGUCCAACAAGGAAGUUGUGAAACGUAUUCAAACCAUUGGUAGUCAUUACAGGAAGCACGUUCCGAGUAAACUAAAGAAAGCAACCGGAUCUAAAUCUAAAUUAGCAACGCUGGACUCUCUCAAUGAACAUUGCAGCUCAGAUACAUACUGUGUGUUCAGAACGAAUCAAGAUGGGUUGUUAAACUGGAUAAUAACAUUACACCUAUAUUAUGAAGACUAUAACAACAAACAAAUGGAAAUCUGUGAGGAUCUCAAGAAGAUCAGUGUAGAAGCAUCAGAGUAUAAAGUAACAGUUUUCUUAACAACUGGAACCAUUCAAAUACAAGGAAAUAACAUCACUGAAUUCAAAUCCCAGGUGUUUCCAAUCUUGAAAAGCACUACUUAUCAGAUCAAGCAAUCAAACACAGAAAAAAAGGACAAUACUCAAGAUCAGUCAAAUACACAGAUAAAGAGCAUAACAUCUACAACCGAUAUUAACGAUCAUGAGAUAAAAAGCACAGAAAAUGAUACCAUAAACAAUGAUUAUCACGACAACGAGGUCACAAAUGUAAAACUAAGAUGUACUCAACCAGACCAUGAAAAUGCACAGGACGAGAACGAGAUAGAGGAUUUGGAAGAUAACAACGUUCACGAAAAUAACAUCAUGAACCACAAUAAUCACGAUAACGAAAAUCCAGCUGUAAAUAACGAGACUCCAACUGUAAAUAACGAGACUCCAAUUGUAAAUAACGAGACUCCAACUGUAAAAAAUAACGAGACUCCAAUUGUAAAUAACGAGACUCUAACUGUAAAAAAUAAGGAUGGCGACAAAAAAACAAAAGUAACUUCAACAGAUAACGUGUCUGAAACCGAAUCCAAUAAUACAAAGAGUUGUGAGACCAGCAUCCUUCAGCAAGAACUGUCAAAAAUAACUAGAAAGAUGGAAAAAUUAGAAAAUACAGUUUGCGAUCUAAUAGACAAAGUGAGUGUGAACAACGUAUCACAGAAAGAAACGCGAUGCUCAGGAGAAGAAUCGACUUGCGAGCAUGAUACAGAAUUACGCAGAGUAAGAAAGAUAAGAAAAGAACAAGCUGAUUUUGUUACAGACCAAGCCAGAAAAAUUAAGGCGUAUCAAAGUGAAAUUGAUCACCAACAAACAAUUAUAAGUUCAAAAAACAGAGAAAUCGAAGAACUAAAUGAAAAGAUUCAAUCAAAGAUGCAAGUUAUAUCCAAACAAGAUGAUGAACUUCACGAUCUUAACACACUGAGGAAGAAGGUGGAGAAACAGGAUUCAGUUAUCAGAUCAAAUAACAAUGAAAUGGAAGAGCUACAACAAAGAAUAAAAAAUAAAAACCAGUAUUUAGAAGAUAAGGAAGAGGAAAAUUUUGAACUCAAACUCCAGUGCAAAAAAUUAGCACACGAGAAGAAAGACGACACGCCUUACACAGUGGUAACCAGGAAAUCUAACAAUCUAAUAGAAAUAACAAACGAUGAGAAUAGCGAGAAGGAACCAACUGUUAAACUAAUCGGAUCAAGCAUUUUGUCCCAUGUGGAUGGCAAGAGGAUGAGCGGACUUAACGUGUCAGUUGAACAGGCCUAUACAAUUCAACAGGCUAAAGAUUACGUAAAUGGUUCAACUUCAAAACCAGACAUAACAGUGUUCCAGGUGUUAAGUAAUGAUGUCAAAUCAGUACAAUCAGAUGAAAGGAUCAUCAAAUCGAUGGAGGAACUGGUCAAACUCAACGAAACAAAGGCUCCGAACUCGAAGAUUAUAGUGUCCUUACCACCACCGAGAAAAGACAACCCAAAAUGGAACCUCCGUCAGAAAUCUAUAGCUAGCCAAUUGGAAGUAGUAUUCCACGAUAACGACAACGUCACAUGCUGCCCCAAUGACAAUCUAGGACUGAAUGGCCAACCGAAACCCCAUCUCUACAGAGAUAACGUACAUAUUAACGAACAAGGAACUAGAGUGCUCUGCGGGAAUAUACUUCGCACGGUUAGAAAGUUCUGUAAUCUCUCCCAACCAGCACAUCGUAACAACAAUAACAUGACCAGUAACAAUAACUUUUAUGGAUCUCGGCCAAGAUAUAGGCAACAGUAUCAAAGAUACUAG